AUGGAUUCCAAAGUCUUCACCAUACCGGACUCGACCGACUGGCUUGGCACCGCCCUCGCAGAUUUCGCGCCUUUCGAGUCGGCGCUCCGGUGUCAGGUGUGCAAGGACUUUUUCGAUACGCCGAUGAUGACGUCGUGCUCACACACUUUCUGCUCGCUAUGCAUUCGCCGCUGCUUCGCCGCCGACGGUCGAUGUCCCACCUGCCGCGCCACCGAUCAGGACUCGAAGCUCCGCCGCAAUUGGACCGCCCAGGAGCUCGUCGACGCCUUUCAGAGGGCCAGGCCCGGCGCGUUGGAACUGGCGAGGACAGGCGGCGCCGCAGCGGCCGACGACUCUGAGAACAGCAGAGAAGGGAGAAAGACGCGAGCGCGCGGGGCCAAUAAUAAGAGGAAGCUAGCCAAGAUACAAGACUCGGAGGAUGAAGAGGCAGAGGGCGAAGAGGAUGCUGCACGCAGGCCGGCGCGCAAGACAAGGACGCAGCCUCGCAGGUCUGCCACAAGCUCGCAGACACCCGAGAUCAUCGUAUUAGAGAAUGACGACGAUGGAGAAUUUGUGCCAGAAGACAAUGAGGAGGAGGCCCAACCGAACGACAGUCUGGUCGCGUGUCCCAUGUGUAACAAGCGCAUGAAGGAAGAAGCAGUCUUCACACAUCUCGAUCGCUGCGAGGGUCCGGACAAGGAAGGGACCUCCUCCCGACAAACACGGACACGACAAAGCAAGGCACCGGCCUCGCCCCAUCCUCUUCAACAGCGCAGCACCCGUCACGGUCUCGCUUCCUCAAGAAACCCGGAGCCCUUACAACGCCUUCCGCAGCUCAACUACUCUCUCCUCAAAGACACGGCCCUUCGCAAGAAGCUCUCAGAGCUCGGCAUACCUGCUUCCGGCACCCGCGCCCAGCAGAUCAGACGCCACACCGAGUGGGCCAAUCUGUGGAACGCCAACGUUGACUCGCUCCGGCCGCGGACGAAGAACCAAUUACUAUCUGAAUUGGACAGGUGGGAGCGGAGCCAAUCGCUUGAGAGCAGCGGCGGCGGCGGCAUUAUCGGCGGCGCGAGCGGAGCACAGGUCAUGAAGAAGAAUUUCGACGGCGAAGGUUGGGCAAAGAGCAACAAAGGACAUUUCGACGAGCUGAUCGCAGCGGCACGGGGCAAGCGUGCUGCUGUGCGGAAACCCGAAGAGAAGAGCGAUAAAGAGGAACAGGCGGGAUCUUCGAGUAUUACGAACGGUACUACUGCUAUGCCUCCUCCGUCUCCUCCUACAGUUAGCAGCGGCAAACCAGGAGAAGAGGGCGGCAAAGGAGCCCGCCCCUACGAAGACAACGAAGCGGCGCUCGAGAAGGUACGCGACAAAGUCAACAACUCCAAUGGCGAUCGACCGUCCCUUCCACACCGCGACUCGAACACCAUGGACGAAGCGAACCAUAGCACCACACCGGCGGAUCAUACGCCGGCGCUGACAGUAUCGUCGCCGUCAUCAAGUCAGGCCAAAGCAUCCCCUUCGAAACCAGCAGCAGCCCCGGCCGAUCGAGAAAAGUUGCCCUCGUCGCUGCCGGCGCACUUGGCUACGUCCAAGGACGUGCGGACAAAGACCAUGUUUGAGAUCCCGUCGGAGCCGGUCAUUGACGUGGAUACAGAGACGAGUAAAUAG